ACUUUGUAUUUUCUGCCUGAAACUACUUUACAACUGAAGAGAUCAAGAUGAUUCCAAAUUACUCUACUGAAGAAACUGUUAAAAGAAUCCACGUCGACUGUCCUGUUUCAGGAAGGCACAGUUACAUCUACAUUAUGGUUCCAACUGUUUACAGCAUCAUCUUUAUCAUAGGCAUAUUUGGGAACAGCCUGGUCGUUAUUGUCAUUUACUGCUACAUGAAAUUAAAAACAGUAGCCAGCAUCUUUCUUCUAAACCUGGCCCUUGCUGACUUGUGUUUUUUAAUAACUCUGCCGCUCUGGGCAGCCUACACGGCCAUGGAGUACCAGUGGCCUUUCGGCAACUGUCUGUGUAAAUUAGCAUCGGCUGGGAUAAGUUUCAACCUGUACGCCAGCGUGUUCCUCCUCACAUGCCUUAGUAUCGACCGGUACCUGGCCAUAGUACAUCCAGUGAAGUCCCGAAUUCGACGGACCGUGUUUGUUGCCAGAAUAACUUGCAUAGUCAUCUGGCUCCUUGCUGGCGUGGCCAGUUUGCCCGUUAUCAUUCACCGUAAUAUAUUCUUUGCUGAGAACCUGAACAUGACGGUCUGUGGUUUUCGUUAUGACAACAAUAACACAACGCUCCGGGUCGGGUUAGGCUUAUCAAAAAAUUUGCUUGGCUUUUUAAUUCCUUUUCUGAUCAUAUUAACAAGCUACACCUUAAUUUGGAAGACCCUGAAGAAGGCAUAUCAAAUUCAAAAAAAUAAGACUAGAAAUGAUGAUAUUUUUAAGAUGAUUGUGGCAAUAGUGUUUUUCUUCUUCUUUUCGUGGAUUCCUCAUCAAGUGUUCACAUUUUUGGAUGUGUUAAUUCAGUUACAUGUAAUAACAGACUGCAGAAUCACUGACAUUGUAGAUACAGCUAUGCCCUUCACAAUUUGCAUCGCUUACUUUAACAACUGUUUGAAUCCCUUUUUUUAUGUCUUUUUUGGAAAAAACUUUAAAAAAUACUUCCUUCAGCUAAUAAAAUACAUUCCACCAAAUGUCAACACACAUCCAAGCCUAACAACAAAAAUGAGCUCGCUUUCAUAUCGGCCGCCAGAAAAUAUACGUUUGCACACUAAAAAGACUGUUGGGUCUUUUGACACCGAGUGAUGCAUUUUGCAACAUACCUUUUUGAACAACCUUAUGAACGAA